CAUACAUACACACAAAUGAGCCUAACGCACAAACAUAUUUUUAAAAAAAAAUGCACCGGCAAAUGGAGAACGGAGCUUACACAUAGGCCUAAUAUAGACAGACAUUUGCCCUCACAUACACACAGCAUAGCAAGCAUACACACAGUUAUUCUCGAGAGCUCCAGUUCACAUCAGCUGUGCACAUGCUCACACUCACAAGCUCUGGAGACAAAGAUUAAGCCAGCACCGCCCCACUUGUCGUCACAGCCACCACCGCCAUCAUGCCUGGUGAGGACAAACCGCCACAACACACCCGCCAGAGGAAGAAGAACAAAAAGUCCCGCUCCAAGGGGAAGAGCCCAGGUGGGAGUCCAGGUCCCACCAGCAUAGAUGGCCAGGAUGAUCUCUUCUUACCACCAGUGCUCCAGCCUCCUCCUAAGAAGCAGGUUGAGGCGAAGCCAAAAGUGCCUGUUGCCAAAUUGGAGGAGGAGUCGUCCUUCGCUAUCUGUCUUCAGGUGCUGUUUCCCUACCUGCUGGCUGGGAUGGGCAUGGUGAUGGCCGGCAUGGUGCUGGACAAUGUGCAGCACUGGAAGGUGUUUAAGGUGAUAACAGAGGUCUUCAUCCUGGUGCCUGCACUGGUUGGACUCAAGGGAAACCUGGAGAUGACCCUGGCUGCUCGCCUCUCCACUGCUGCCAACACGGGCCAAAUGGACGAUCCUGAUAAACAGUGGACCAUGGUGUGCAGCAAUCUGGCACUUAUACAGGUUCAGGCGACAGUGGUGGGCUUCCUCGCAGCAGUGGCAGCCGUAUGUUUAGGAGCGUUUUCUCGAGGGGGGAUUGAACUGGACCAGGCAGCUGUGCUCUGUGCUAGCAGCAUCACCACUGCCUUUGUAGCUGCUCUUUCUUUAGGCCUUGUGAUGAUUGGAGUGAUCAUUGGCUCCAGGAAGGUGGGGAUCAACCCUGAUAACGUGGCCACCCCCAUCGCUGCCAGUCUGGGUGAUUUGAUCACCCUGUCCCUGCUGGCCGGGGUCAGCAGCACACUCUAUGAAUAUAUAGAUAUAUGGUACCUGUCUCCCCUGGUGAUUUUGGUCUUCCUGGCUCUGAUCCCACUGUGGGUGAUGGUGGCCCGACAGAGCCCUCAAAUCAAGGAGGUUCUCCGCUCAGGGUGGCAGCCUGUUAUAGUAGCCAUGUCCAUCAGCAGUUUUGGAGGCCUUAUCCUGGACAAGACAGUGAGUGACCCCAACUUUGAGGGCAUGGCUGUCUUCACGCCUGUCAUCAACGGAGUGGGUGGUAACUUGGUGGCAAUCCAGGCCAGUAGGAUCUCAACCUAUCUGCACUUCUGGACCAUCCCAGGGGUGCUUCCCUACAAGAUGAGGCAACACUGGCCCAAUCCUUGCAUCACCUUCUUCACCUCAGGGGUGAACUCCAAGUCAGCACGAGUUCUUCUGUUGCUGGUUAUUCCCGGUCACCUGGUCUUCCUCUACGCCAUCUCUCUGCUGCAGGGAGAGGAGGCGCCUAUCUCUGUAGCCUUCACCAUCUGUUACCUGUGUGCUGCUCUGCUACAGGUGGCCAUCCUUCUUUACGUUGCCGACCUCAUCAUCCGUGUCAUGUGGAGACGGAGUCUGGACCCUGACAACUUCUCCAUCCCCUACCUGACCGCCCUGGGGGACCUGUUAGGCACCGGCUUUCUGGCCCUCUGCUUCCGUUGCGUCUCACUGGUUCAGAGCCUGGGUCUCUGAAUGUUUGCCCCUUUCCCACUAAACUUUUAGCCAGCCACUGUCUUGUUGCACCAAUUUUGUUACAUUUGCACAGAGAUGCUUUUAAAUCGGACAGUAAAGCAUUUUCUGAUGGUUAUAACCGGGCCAGUUCAUACCUGACAUCUUUCUUUGUCACAAAUUUCAAACUUUGACGAUGAAACGGCACAACUGACACCUGACCGCUUACACCCAUCCAUCUGGGUGAAGGGUUUGCUGCCAGAACACGUCCAGCCAAUCUAAUUCUUUUAUUUGACGACAAAAAACUUCAAAGUAUUUAGAGAUUUUAGUUCUCUGUCCUUCGGAGCAUCUACUACACCACAUUGAACUUCAUUUUGUUAUCAUUCCUCUUUAUCUGUCCAUCUUUGAGUUUUCCUGCACUCACUCAAUGAGUUUGGUGGCGCUCAGCUCGGCUCAGCUCUUUGCUUCAUCAGAGGAAUAUGUAGCAGCUCUGCAUCUCAGCAGCAAGACUGAACAAUUGUUCUGCUUGUGGACAUUUGUUUGAACUUCUGGAUAGAACAAACAGACUUGAAGAAAUCCAUGUUUGGUUGGGCUGUACUAUGCAUUAAUACUGGAGGUUGUGUAUGUAGUACACUAACUAUGUUUUCAUUGAAGCUCCAAUAUGAGUUUGGAAUCAUCUUGAGUUAAUUAGAAUGAAUGGGAUAGGUUUAGUUUUCAUGAGAAAUCAGGUUAUGUACCUGCAACAUGCAGGGGAAUGUUUCAUUGUCUCAUGAAAAAAACUAAAUCUACAUUAUUAUCUAUAUAAGGUACUUCAAUCUUUAAUGUACAAUCUACAGUCUUCUCAUAAUGUUUUCUGCAAAUUCAUUCUUGAAGUACUGUAACAGAGGUAAACAAGCUGAAUGAGGUAAUUGGUAUUUCCGUGGCUACAAAGGCCAAAGGCAUGGCUGUGCAGUAAACAGUGUAAUGAGGAGGAAGAUAUCGGUAGGCGUGGUGGGAGUCACCUCUGAUCUGGUUCAAAACAGAUCCACCUUAAACACUUUCUGUAAGAAGAAGCUGGUGUUGUGUAGAAGUUACAGAUUUAGGUUCUGAUGUAAUGAGAGAUUUGGUCGCUGUGUUGGUUGAAGAACCAUUAUCCAAAAACACAGUUUGACUGUUGGAGGGAGUGUAUCCACCAGCAAGUUUUUGACAGCUAUAAAUUUUGUGUUUUGUACUCAGACUCAGAGUGAUCGCACCUACGCACAAUUGGAACUAAAAUCCUCAUGAUCCAUCACAACAACCAUCUCCAGAAUGUCUAAUAUGCAGAUGAUGUGAUGCUUUUUGUUGCACAUACAACAGGUAUACACGAUGUAAUUAACAUGACACUUGGCAAACAAUACAGUAAUAAUUAUAAGCAAUGAGAUUGUUUUUGAUGAGAUUUUUUUAGAUUCUACAUUAUACUAGAAAUUAUUCAAAGGCCCAAACAUUUAAACAACUGUGUUCCAGAGCACUGUGAAGCCUACACCUCUCACUAUUUGUAAAGCAAUCUCAAUAUUCCAAAAAUAACCAAACAUUUUAUGUAUUGUGAAUUUUGUGCUGCCACUCAAUGUUUAAAAAAAAAAAAGCAAUCCGCAGUCAAGUGAUGCAAAGACUUCUUCACCUGUCAGUCCAGGUUUAUGUGUGUACAUCGACUGUGUAGCCACAGAGGAUCUUGGGUAUUUUCCCUCACUACUUGAUGCUAAUAGUCCCUUUAAUGGAGGGUUCACAAAGCCUUACUGUUCUUUGUCAGAACCAUAAAACCUCAUCAUUACAGCAGAGAGUGCAUAUACAUGCACGUUCAUUUUAACGGUGUGUUCAGACAGAAAGUGAAGAACAUUUUCAGCUUGUGUCAUUUGUUUUUCACUGAUAGAGCGUUUGACUGAAUUCAGAACUCACCUUUAGUUCUUUUUCCUCUUUUUUUCUUCUCGUCUCAUGUUUAUGAAGCAAAUUCAUAAAUAUCAUAAUAAUUUUCAACUCAUCUUACUGUGGCUUUGCAUCAGUUUUAUCAGUGUCUUUCAUCGACUGUGUAUGCUGUGGUGCCAUGUCUAAAAUUUGCAUCAUAUUUUGUCUGACCCCACAGUAACACUUAACUUUUAACUUUUAAAGGUCUCAUAUUUGUGACUGGGUGGUGAUUGUAUAGUUGUGACAUCACAACCUUAUGGAAGUCCAGAUUUUUUCAUUUAAAGUCACUGUUUGUGAAUAUAAACUAUGUGCUUCUAGUUUUGGACUGAGUGUUUUGAUAGGUUCACAGUAUUUAUACAGCACCUAGACCAGCUUAAUAAGAAUAAAAAUGAAAUCUUAUUUUCUAUAAUAUAGGACCUUUAAAGUCACGUUUAAGCAUAGUCAUAACAGCAUUAUUUUUAGUUUACAUAAAUACACAAAUGAUUAAAAUUAGUCUGGGUGAAACUGAAUUUAGGAUAGAGUUUAUAGUCUGAGCUACACUGACUAUUCCUCUGUCUUUGCAUUUCUUAAUGUGCACAUGCGCUUCAUCUCAAAGAUUUCUCAUCAUACAAUAAUACAGUGUGUGUGUUCAUGCACUCAUGGCGUCACAUGGAACAUUUAUGCUGUUUGCUGUUAAUAGUAAAACUUAUUUUUAGAGAUAAACCUCUUAAACACUGAAAUCUAAGACAUUUUAAAAAAGAGCCUGUCUUGUCUUAUCUUUUAUGUGAGGUCUUUCAGUGUCAAUAGUGUUUUGCUAACAGCUUUUAUUGUGACACUGUUACACGGUACUUUUUACACUAGAAGGUGAUCAAAUAUAGACGUACUAGUUUAUUUCAGUCGAGCUUACCGUAUAAGAUCUGUGUGUUAACUGUGAUACUGUGAGAACGAGACCACAGCUAAGGUUGUGUUGUAUCAGCACAUAAAGUGUGUCUUAAUCAACAGGGCUGGACAAUAUAUCAUAAAAUCUUUAUCAAUAUACAUUUUCACAUUAGCAUAGAUAACAACGAAUGUAAUAAUAACUUUUCUUUGAAAUACAUUGUAUUUAUUUUCAUUUGUGUGUCGCUCCCUUCUGAUGUUUGUCCCGAUUAUUUCAGAGCCUCACCAGUUCAAGAUCGGUUAAGUGUCUUGUUAGAAUUCAUUGGUUUCUGCAGAUUUUCUUAAAGUAAAUAUAUGGAAGUCAGAUAGUUAACUUGAAGUUUUGAUUAUGACUCGAGGUUUUGAAAUAAUAACUGUAAUUCAAAAGAAUAGUUAACGUUUUGGGAAAUAUGUUGAUUCACCUACUGCCAAGACGUGAGCCAAAGGGAAACAGGAAUUAGGUUCUGUUCCAAAAAUAAGAAAAACUUUGACAUUUCUAACAAAUGAUUUUGCCUUGAAACUUCACAUCACACAGCAGUAUCUUGUGUGAUUCCCUCCAUAUGUCUAGAUAAGGAUCUAUCAUCCAAUACUGUUUAUUCAGUAUUUCUGUGUUGCUGCCCAAUUCCCAUAAGCUGUAGAAAAUCACUGGUUUCGUGUCACGGCUCGAUGAAAGAGGCGAGUCCAUGGGCAAGUCGACUGUUUCCAGUUAGUUCAGAUAUGUCACAGCUGAACAGAGAGCACAGCUAGAACAUCCAUUUAAGGAAAUAUGACUGAAGGAGCUAUUUCAAAGUCUACUUGCUGCCACACAGUUACCAGUGUAAUUUUAAUGUAAUUAUAAUAUGAGCAGAUUUAGAAAAUUGAAAUAAAGUAAAACUGUUAAAAUCAUGAAUGUUUACCCUCUCAUAGUAACUGCUUAAGUGGAUUCAGAUGUGUCGUAGAAUAUAGACAGUAAACCCGGGGAAUAUUAAAAAUUAAAAAAACAUUUUUCCUGCCACAUGUGUUUAUGCUUAAUAUGAAGCUAGAUUCAGCAGCUCAGCCCAGCUUAGCAUUAAGAUUUGAAGAUAAGGAGAACAGUUAAUGAGGCUUUGUUCAACAUUAUUUAUUUAUAUUUUUUUUUACUACUAACGAAUUGUAAAAAUAGUAAGUUGUGGUUGUUUGGGGACUUACAUGCUGCAGUAUUUCUUGGACAGAUUUUAGGAGUCUAGUCAUCUAGUAACCAAUUAGUUCCAGCAUAUAUCACCCCGUGACAACGCAACUUGUUUACAUAUGAUAUGACAUAUUCAUGUUCAAGCAAAAUUUGGUGCCGACAGGCAGAUUUAAAAAAAUAUAUAUCUUUAGACAAAGUCAGACUAACUGUUUCAACAUCCAACCAGUCUUUAUGCUAAGCUGAGCUAACUGCCUCUUUGCAGCCAUUUAUGAUGAUGAAUAAGUUUAUUUCCCAAAAUAUCAAACUAUUCCUUUAAAAACUUGGUUUAUCAGCCCUAUGUAUGUAGAAUGUAGAGUGUGAUGGCAAAACUCCAUUUGCAAACUUGCACUUUUGUUUUAAUAGUAGUCUGAGGUUGCCUUGAAAAAACAAAGUUAAUAUCAACUCUGUCUUAUGUAAAACCUUCUCAUCUGCAACGACGUCAAUGUCAAAAAGAUAGAAGCUUCAUUUAAAUGUUGCAGAAGUCCUUUUUGCUUACUGCAGGCAAACAGUCCUGUACUGUACUUCAAUGUUGACACUGCCACAUUAAGACUUUAGGGGCUUUUAAAAUGCCUUUAUUUUCUAAUCUUGCUGUGUUCACUGUCACCUGAGCUUCCACACCUACAGUAUGUUAUGUCUCACAUGUGUGCAAAGAUGAAGUGUGUAAUCAUAAAAUGUGACAAAUA